AUGUUAUAUGUCGGCUCCAGAGAUGGCCUCCUACAGGUCCCGCUGGUGAACUGCAGCGUCUAUAGGUCGUGCUUUGAGUGCAUCCUGGCAAGAGACCCGUACUGUGCCUGGAACGUGCCAACCCAGGAGUGCCAGAUGGUGCCCUGGACCCUGGAGAAUCGCGACCACUGGCUGCAGGAUAUAGAGAAAGGAAACCCCAACAGCACCUGCCUGAGCCCCAACAUGAGAGGCCGGAGCCCACGACCCGGGCACCACCCCGACAACCCCCCCACAAGAGUUGCUAACUACAGUCAGGCCUAUAACUCCAUUGUUGAGCUCCAGUGCCCCCGGCUUUCCUCUAGCGCCACCUACAGCUGGAGACAUCUUGGACAGUUGGUGGAGACGCAGGUGGUCACUCCGGGGGGCAGUCUGGUUGUCAUAGUGAGGAGCGACACGCUGGGUCCGUACGAGUGUUGGGCCAAUGAGAAGGGUUUCAGCUACAAGGCGGCCCAGUACUGGAUCAAGGACCCCAGCGGGGUGGGCGUCAGUCACCGCUGGCACCUACAACCGGGACAGUAACAUGGCGUUCGAGGACGGCGUCUCCUACAUCAGCGACCAGCACAACUACUUCAAGCCUUUUGUGGCGGUGACGGUGCUGCUGGUGCUGGCCGCUGUUGGGGAGCUUGGUUCUGGCGCUCUACACCUGGCGAGACCAGAUAAAGGCCAAGAGUAAGAUCCAGGGCUGCAGCACGCCCGAGUCCGAGAAGCUGUCCGCCGCCAAGACGCAGGAGAAGACCCCGCUCAACGGCUUCUGCCGCUACGGCCGCGACAUCGCCAAACCCUGCUGCGUCCCCUGCAGAGCCGGCGGCAAGAUGGAUGUAGACAACAACAGCGUCAACCUGACGCCAAAUGGGGAGGCACCGGAGGCGGCAUCCGAUGUGUGAGCCACAAUGUCGUGUGUGGGACUCCACCUCACUCUGCGGACAGACCGCCAUCUUGUUUUUCUGUGGGGUUAAUGAUGGAUAUUCCAGUGAGAUUAUGGCGGUCGUCAGAACCACUAAGCGCCGCCGCGCGGGACCAAAUAGGACUUACAGAACCAUGAGCCAAGAUGGCCGCCGGGCGGAUGGACGACUGUUACCCCUUUUAUAAUGUGAACCCAUUGUAUAUAGAUGUGACCACUGCCGGGUGAUGGAGGGCACGCCGCCUCUGUUACCGCCAUGACGCACAAACUGCCUCAGUGCAAAUAUGGAACACGCGCGACCAAAGCUCAGAGUGCGACUGCGCAAAUGUGUCCGUGUGUGUGUGCGCACCUACCUGUGUCCGGGGGAGGGGGGUCGUCUGUUGUUGCAGUACCGUAUCAGUAUUAUAGGGGGCGCCGUGUGCAUGACCAGUCACUGCCAGUGUGGACUUUAUUAUUGUUUUAUAUAAAAGACAAAAAUCUGUCAAAA